AUGGAGCACUUGCCGUACGCCCUCAAUGCUGUCAAUUUGGCUGCUCCUUAUGUAGAGCCCGUGAGGGAGAAAGCAAAGCAGCGUAUCGACAAAGCUCGAGGAAGAGCGCCCAGAGAAGAUCCUGGCGUGGUAGACACCAAUGCAAUGGAAGACAAAGGCUAUAUCUUGCGCCGACGUUCUCAGGUUCAGUCUGACGAGGAGAUUGUCGAAGUGGUGCGGCAUAAAGGACAAGUCCUACCCAGAAGACCACGGGCUCGAAGACAGACAAGCUCGAUGAACGGUCGCUAUCGUCGCGACGCUGGUGGUUACGGCUCCGACUCCGAAGGCUCGAUGCCGCCUCGCUCACGCCGCGCCACAUCUACAUCUGGUCGAUCUCGCCGAGCCUUCAGCUCAAGUUCGAGCUCCUCAUCCUCCGAUCUAGGAUCAUCCACCGAUGAAGAGAACGAAAUCAAGAAGAUGAAGCGCAAGAAGUGGAUUACCGGAGGCUUUGCUGCGGUUGCCACAAUACACGCUGCCUCGAAAGUUUAUUCCUCGAUUGAGAAUCAUGAUAAGAGAGUAAUAGCUGUACAGCAGGGAACAAUGUCACCCGAAGAGGCACAUAAACAGGCACGUAGCGCAAGAUGGCAAGAUGCCGCUGCUAUUGGUAUUGCGGCUCUCGGUAUAAAAGGCGCGAUCAGUGAAUGGAAAGAGAUGACCGAAGAUUACGAGCGACACAAAGAGCUCUGUCAACUGCACGAGGAGCACCAUAAGAAGCGACUCGAAUAUCAGCGCAGGCAACGCGCCAGGGAGCAUGGUGGCUACUACAAGGGUAGAGAUGGAAACUGGUAUUACGACGGCCCCGAACUGCAGAGCUCUAUAAGAGCGCGGGCACGUUCAAACAGUACCUAUGAUACAUAUGACCAGCUCGCUGGGCCAAGACAAGGCGAAAGAAGGAUGAUUGAAGCCCCUCCCAGCUCAAGCCGGAAUGGCGAGAGGUACAGGGCACGCAGUCGCUACGAUCGCGACGACGAUGAUCGCAGUCCCGUACGAGACAAGUCUCGAAAAAAACAUGAUGAUUACAACCCUGCACGCAACAAUCUUGUCCUUGCAGCGGCCGCCACGCCGUUUCUUGGCUACGCGGCUUACAAGUUGACCAAAGCGGAGUUGACUGACGAACCCAUUCUAAAGGUCGAUGACUCGAAGCGACAAGAAUACCUCAAGCAGAGGGAUCUAGAUCGUCACGGUGAGUACAAAGAUUUGGGACUUGACACAAUGGAAGAGAUUUUGGAGAAGGCUGCUGGAUAA